GGCGCAGUGCCCCUUACCUUGCCUCUUCAGUCCGGCCCAAGCCGCCGCCGACAUCGCGUGGACUACCCGCAGCAGUGGCCGCGCCCGCCGCGAAGACGCGAGUGACGUGAACGCGAGUGACACACCGGAGCGACUGUGAAGUGACAGCGGGAGUGCGUUAGAGUGCCGCAGAGUGCGAGUGAACGUGUGAGAGAAAGAGGCUCUUAUGUUGUGCGUCAAAAGUUGAUAUUACUCGAGCGGGCAAAGGAAUUUUUUUUAAAAAAGCAUUGCGAUCAGUUUUGUCGCACAACAAAUCAGUGGAGCAGCACAGGACCCGGCACUAAGGAGCCGUGUGAGGAUCAAAAGCAAAAUAAGGAUGACGGGGAGGUCCGGGCCCGGACCGGGCCGGUGUCGGGUCGGCGGCGCCCUCCUCGGGGUGCUCGCCGUCCUGGCGCUGGCGGCCGGCACCGCGCUCGCGCAGUGCCCCUGGCACCGCGACGUCAAGGAGCUGCAGUCGUCGUGCAUCUGCGCCUACAACCUGGGCCAGGAGCUGUCCGUGCAGUGCGACAUGGUGGACUUCCCGCGGCUGCUGGCCGCGCUGGACCGCUUCGCGCGCGACGCCUCGCUCGACCUGCUCUACGUCAACAACAGCACGGUGGGCGCGCUGGGCGACGACGCCUUCCGCCACCUGCGCCUCAAGAGCGUGCAGCUGUCGGGCUGCCGCAUCCGCAGCAUCGGCGCGAAAGUCUUCCGCCAGCAGGAGGGCACGCUCAAGAACCUCAACCUGCAGGACAACGAGCUGGGCGAGGUGCCGGUGGAGGCGCUGCGCGGCCUGCGCAACCUCACGCUGCUCGACCUGUCGCGCAACCGCAUCGAGCGCGUGCCGAGCGGCGCCUUCGCCACGCUGCACGGCCUGGCCACGCUCAAGCUGGCCGACAACAACCUGUCGCUGGCCGUGGACGCCUUCCAGGGCCUCGAGGACACGCUCAAGAACCUCAACCUCAAGGGGACGCGGCAGAAGCGCGUGCCGGAGGCCAUCAAGGGCCUGCGCACGCUCGCCUUCCUCGACCUGGCGCAGAACGGGCUGCGCGAGCUGCCGGGCCCCGCGGGCGCGCUCAUCCUCGAGGGCUUGCACUCGCUGUCCGCCCUCAACCUGGAGCGCAACCUCAUCCAGAGCGUCGGCGAGACCACCUUCCGCGGCGUCAAGGACACGCUCUCGUCGCUGUCGCUGCUCAACAACCUGCUCACCGAGUUCCCCGCCGCCGCCAUCAGCAGCCUGCACGAGCUCAGGGUGCUGGACAUCGGCUUCAACCUGCUGACCGAGCUACCCGUCAACGCCUUCUCCGGCACGCCGUCGCUCACGCUGCUGGCGCUGGACGGCAACCCGCUGGCGGGCGUGCCCGAGCGCGCCGUCGCGCACCUCAACACCACGCUGCGCGGCCUGUCGCUGGGCGGGCGCUUCCUGGCCUGCGACUGCAGCCUGCGCUGGGUGGCCGAGUGGAUCGCCCGCGGCGACCUGCAGGUCACGAGCCGAGAGCGGAACCCGCAGUUCUGCGGCAGCCCCGCCCACCUCAAGGACCGCAGCUUCUACGCCAUCCAGCCCGCGGAACUCAAGUGCACGGGCGACAAGGAGAAGGAAGUCGAGCAGGCGGACGAGUCCGAGCACCGCCCGCAGGUGCAGGAGGAGCCCGAGGGCGACUCGGACUCCUUGGACUCGGACUUCCACGGCAUCCAGGCCAACACGGCCACGUCGCCUACCGCGCCACCCACGACGACGACCACCACCACCACCAGGGCCACGACCGUACCAACGACGACGACCACGACAACGACUACUACCACCGCGCGACCCACGCCGCCACCGACCACGGCCACCGCACCCCCGACCACGACCACAACGACGACGACCACGACCCCAGCGCCAACCACGACAACGACGACCACAACCACGCCCAGGUCGACUUACAGGCCGACGUACAAGACGAGACCAUCAACGGUGCCCACGCCACCCUCCACCACGACGACCACCACGUCCACGACGACGCGCAGGGGCAACGGCCUGGUCGCCGCCAGGACGACAGCAUCCCCCGGGGUGUGGAGGAGCAAUGCGUCGCCGCAGAGCAGCGCCGCCCCGGUCGGCGCCGUGGGCGUUGCCGCCCCCGCAGCGCCGCCCGCGUCCACGGCCGCGCACCCGCCGGGCCACGGCCCUGGCCUCUCGGGCUCGGCCUCCAUGCACCGGCCGCCCUUGGUCCUCGGCUUCCCCGGAGGCAGCCCCGCCAAGCACGUCGACCCGGAGGAGGAGGUGAAGGUCCGCAGCGCCUACCGCCAGGACAACUCCAUCAUCAUCCAGUGGGACUCGCAUACGGCCAACAUCCUGGGCUUUCGCGUCGUGUACCGCCUCUUCGGUGACAAGUCCUUCAAGCAGGGCCCACCGCUCGAGGCCAGCGAGCGCGAGUUUAAGAUCAAGAACGUACCCGCCCAGGAGUGCAUCGUGGUGUGCGUCAUCUCGCUCGAGGAGGUGAACGUGACCCCCGAGAUGGUGCCGUACAGCCAGUGCCGCGAGGUGCGCACCGUCACCUCGCCCAGCAGCAACAUGGACAAGAUCACCAUCGCCGCGUCGGCCGCCAUCUGCGGCACGGUCGUCAUCGCCGUGAUCGUGUUCGUGGCGGCGAGCCGGCGGCGCACGCGCAAGCUGCACACGCUGCAGCAGCACGGCUCCAAGAACGGCAUCCCCGCGGGCGGCAGCGUCGGCGGGCUGGGGCUCGGCGGCGGCCUCGGCCUGCCCGUCGGCUGCUGCGGGCCCACGCCCUCGCCCGCCGGCCCGCUGUCCUCGCUCGCCACGCUGAGCGCCUUCACCAACCACAAGGACUGGGACCAGGUGUCCGUCUACAGCAACCGCAGCAUGGGCCGCGCCCCCAGGAUGUACCACGUGGAGCGACAGGGCUCAAUAAAUGCUGGAUGUGCUGCCGACGAUGUUCGAACCCACGCUUCUCACUUCCCGAGCAAGCCUAAGACACGCUCCAUCGCAGACGGCCAAUCGCAGCACAGCUUCUCCAAUCACUCUGGUCGCUACCUGUCCGGCAACUCCUUCGCCCCUGGUCUCGUAAACUCUCCGCAAGAACUACGUCACUCUCGACAGUCACUGGCUGUUUCUGACCGUAUGUCUAGGGUGAGUUACCCUGCUAGCCAUGCAACUCACCACCAACCUUCUGUGGCUUCAUCAAGGAGACAACGACCGCGCUCCCGCACUCGUGAGUCCACCACCAACCAGUCUCUGGCCCACAGUCACGCCCCCAGCAUGACCAGGCCUGGCAGUCGGUACAGUGCUGCAGGCUCAACGCAUACUCUCAAUAAUUACUGCGACACAUCGGAUAACUGGACAGACCAUGACAUGGACAUCUACAUGGCACGUAAUCCAACAACUAGGACUGGGUUGGUGCCUCUAUAGCAUGUAACCGCCGGCACGCAGCAGCAAAACCACACACAACCACCCAGCAGUGGUGAAGAAAGCGACAAUGGUUGGUUAAAUCGUGUCAAAGACAUCACACAGGGAAAUAGAACAGCUGUUGGGUCGUGGAGUUACCGUCAAAUUCACUGAUACAGGAGGUACUUGAAAUUAUUGCAUUUUACCUUUGACUCUUAAAGAAACCAAACAGAGAAAAAUAUUUAAAAAGUUGCACAUUGGGAAUAAAGUAAGGGGAAAUGGAUGGUGGCUCUGUCUGUGUGUGGUUUGGGUACAUAAGAGUGCAUAUGUUCACAUAUGAUCAGAGAGGAAAGAGCGAGUUUUGGAUUAAAUCCCAUCUCAGCUCAUAGCUGUGUGCCGGCACCCUGCAUUUGAUGCCCAAUUAAUGAUGUUAGAUAGAUCACGUUUUGAAACCAAGCUAAAAUUUCUGCAUUUCAUGGUUUGAGCAUUGGGGUAACAUGGGCCAUGCACGUUUCAAUUAGGUUUACGGACAGCAGAGCCAAUAUGUGCCAUGGUUCUGAUAGGAAAUGGUUCAACUGCAGGCUCCUAAGCACCCCUGGUGUGCGGGAAUCUGACUGAAUAAUAUAUUUCUGCAGAUCAUUAGCAUUAAAGUCUGAGAAUAAAAACGAGUCAUGACAGCAAAACUAUAAGAGGGGGACUAUAAGAAUGAUACCAAAGAACUGCUCAAGGCAAAGGCCUUCUUUCAUUAUUAUUUUUUUUAUCAAAUCAAUUCGAAAAAUGACACUUUACUUUUUCAUUAUAUAGAUAUAUACGUACGUAUGUCAUGGUUUAUGGCUAGAGCUAGGUAGGUGGCUGAACCUAGAAUUAGCUGGCUAAACCAAGGGUUGACCGGGCUAAUUUAGUGAUCUCAGCUGUAGCCACUUUCACUGCUACAUUUUUCUAAGUGAGAUAGGUGGAGCUUACACUUCACUUAAACCUAGAAAUGCACCGUAACUGAGGGAUUCAGCAGUGCAAUUCUUUUAAAAUCUGUUUCGUUCUUAGAUUUCUGUUCGUUUUUCCCACAAGAUGUGUUGUCAGAUGCAUUUAAUGAUGCAUCUGACAAAUCAACAAGAGCAAUUCCAAAUGUCCCUUGAGCACAUCAUCUGGAACAAAUGAACAUACUGCUCCUAAUCUCACCAAAAUUUAAAAACAAAAACAAACAAACAGAGAAACAAAUUAAAGAAAACCAAUAAAAAUAAACAACAGCAGUGUUCACUCUCUCAAAUCUGUUGCAUUUAGAUGUUACACUAAUGUGUUAGCAAAGCCUAACUUCCUGAACCUUCUGGACCUUGAAACAGUCAGCACAAAAGUGGCUAUACCUAGGAAACCUAAUUUACCUGGUCGACCCUAGGUUUAGCCAGCUAAUCUUGGGUUUAGCCGCCCACCUAGCUCUAACCAAACCAUUACAUACACAUAUAUAAAAAUAUUAAGAAGAAUAAAUUGCUCUUUUUCAAAAUAAAAGAAAACAGUAGCGCUAGAGGGUUGUAAAAUCUAUUUUUAACAUCUAAUUAAUUCGUUACUUUCUGAUAAUGACUCUAUAUACAUACCUAUUAUUAACUCUUAUAUUCACUGUUUGAGUCUGGUAGCAGAAAUCAUUAAAGGGUUUUUCUUUAAGGCAAGCACAUCAAGAGAUAAGAUGACCCCACUGAUACAUGUUACCGUGAGUAACUCACUGAUAAAUAUUUCAAUUGAAUUUUACGACUUAUUCUCUGCAAUAAGCUCCUGAAGUUUAUGAACAGGGCUUAAAGCUGUGUUAAUAGAUGUGUGCUAAGCAGAAGUGCAAUAUUGUUAGUCAAAUUAAAUUAUGUGUAAAUAUUCUGAUAGAUGAUAUUUGCAAAUAAAAUUAUUAGAGCAUAAGAAGCUAUUGAUAGAAUUUUAAAUUGCUAAAAAUACCAUGACAUGACAUCCAACACAACGUGAUGAUGACAAUUGAAUUUGAGUACUUAUUGUUUACUUUGUUUACUUAACUAAAUCCUAAGGACACUUUACCAGCACGUGCAGUAGUUAGAAUAGGGGGGAAGAAAACUAUCGGACUGACUUGAACUUGUAACAGACAACCCUGAACUAGGACGGCACAUCAUUUAUCAAAAUCCAAUUUGUGUCUCUAAUUUCUAAAUGACAGUCUGUGGUACUCUCUGUAUAUAUUAUUAUAUAGUAAUAUAUAGUAAUACGUAUGAAGGAAAGUGUAUUGAUUCUAUGUUUAUUUAAGUAUUCUGUUCGCAUCAGUAGCAUUGGUGCACACUUGUUUUAAAGAUCAUUUGUUAAGGAAAUGUAAUAAAUUUAAAUUUGUUAAACAAUCAUGUUUUAAGUCUGUAACAUUAUAGUGUUUGUAAAUAAAGUGUGAAUUUUUGUUGUAAUGUAUUGUAAUAUAAGUAGUUUAAUCUAAGGUCUUGUACUGCCAAUGAAAAACUACAGAUAACAUUCACUAGAAUAUUUUAAAACAAAGAAAAAGUUCAUGGUAGUGCUUUAUGAACUGUUCUUGAACACAUAGAAUGUUUCAAAUGCUUGUGUGUCUCAGAUACAAGAAACUCAUGACACUGUUGAUUUUGCACUUGCCUUUUUUUGAAUCUGUAGAGCCAGUAUUUAUAUACCUAUGAUCUUUUUGUAAUGAAAUUCCAUCUCUUAGUCUGAGAUAAAUGUUUGUAAUAAAUUUAUAAAGUAAAGAA